UGGAUAGAGGCAGCGUCGAGUUCGGCUCAGGUUCUCGUUGCCGCAACCACCACAAUAACAGUCAAGAUCUCAAGGCAGCUCACGAAAGGUAAUCAUCCAGUUCCGCGAAGGAUCUGUCAUGUCUCUCCACUUCUCGUACUGCUCUCGCUGCUCCCUCUCUCUCCUCAACCGCGCGCCAAUGCUGCCCAUCACCUGGCCCUGGAACGUCCUCCCCAGCUUCUUCUCAUUUCCCUCUGUGGCAGGCUUCGGCCUCGGCCUCUCGGGUUCAAUGUCCGUUGCGUAGUGUCGCAGCGCCGCAGCUCUUGGCCGAGCGACCGCGCCCUUGAAGCUCUGCAGAGCCACUCCCCGGCGCAAGGGAUGCGCUGCCGAGCCGCACUUGAGCAUUUGGUCGUGCUAGUCGGAGGCUGUCGAUUGUGUGAAGAUUGA